UCGAGGUAAAAACACAGAUCACGAAAUGGUUCCAAUGGCCUCCAUUCUGACUCAGCCUGGCAUCUGCUGCAUUAGAAUCCAUCGGAGAAGCUGCUUUAACACUGUUAGACUUUUCUCUUCAAAGCCGUUAGUUUCCCGUUCAAAUCCUCAUCGCCCUUUCUCGCACCGGCCGCUCAGAAAACGCUUAGCUCUCGACGUUUCCAGAAGCUUCUCUCAAUCUCACCGCCUCCUCAACACCGAUGGCCCCACUCUCCAUCACUUCAUCGCUCAAGCUUCCCUCACGGCCUCUCAAUCACAGCCCGAUAUUUUGUCUAGUGGUGCACCGAUUUCAGAAGUUGCUUCAAAAGGUAGAAUUUAUCAUGAAACUUACGGAUGUCAGAUGAAUGUAAACGAUAUGGAAAUUGUGCUAUCAAUUAUGAAGAAUGCUGGUUAUACUGAAACUGUGGAAGUUCCCGAGGGUGCGGAGAUUAUAUUUAUUAAUACUUGUGCUAUAAGGGACAAUGCUGAACAAAAAGUGUGGCAAAGGCUUAAUUACUUUUGGUUUUUGAAGAGGCGUUGGAAGAGUAAUGUAGCUAAAGGAAGAUCAUUGUCGUUGCACCCUCCGAAAGUGGUUGUGUUAGGAUGCAUGGCUGAAAGGUUAAAGGAUAAGAUUCUGGAUGCUGAUAAGAUGGUUGAUGUGGUUUGUGGGCCGGAUGCUUAUAGAGAUUUGCCGAGGUUGUUGGAAGAGGUUGAUUAUGGUCAGAAAGGGAUUAACACUCUUCUUUCUCUCGAAGAGACGUAUGCAGAUAUUAGCCCUGUUAGGAUUUCGAAGAAUUCUGUUACGGCUUUUGUGUCUGUGAUGAGGGGAUGUAAUAAUAUGUGCUCGUUUUGUAUUGUUCCAUUUACUAGAGGUAGAGAGAGAUCUCGUCCCGUGGAGUCUAUAGUGAAGGAGGUGGGGGAGCUUUGGGAACAAGGUGUGAAAGAGGUCACACUACUUGGACAGAAUGUGAAUAGUUAUAAUGAUGCAUCUGGUAGUGAAAAGGAAGUUGAACCAGGAAGUAAUUGGGAGUUGAGUGAUGGCUUUAAAAGCAUGUGUAAGGUAAAAAAUAUGGGCUUGCGUUUUGCUGACCUUUUAGAUCGACUUUCUACUGAGUUUCCAGAGAUGAGAUUCAGAUAUACAUCCCCGCACCCUAAAGAUUUUCCAGAUGAAUUACUGUAUCUGAUGCACAACCGCCAUAAUAUUUGCAAGUGCAUACAUUUGCCAGCACAAACAGGGAGUACCACAGUGCUUGAAAGAAUGCGUCGAGGAUACAGUAGGGAGGCUUAUUUAGAGCUUGUUCAGAAGAUACGCAAAAUCAUCCCAGACGUCGGAAUAACCAGUGAUUUUAUAUGUGGUUUUUGCGGUGAAACAGAGGAGGAACAUACCGACACUCUAAGCCUGGUAAAGGCUGUUGGUUAUGACAUGGCAUACAUGUUUGCUUACAGCAUGAGGGAGAAAACACAUGCCCACAGAAACUACACCGAUGAUGUUCCUGAAGAAAUCAAGCAAAGGAGGCUUACUGAACUUAUCGAAGCUUUCCGCGAGAGUACGGGUCAGUGCUAUGACUCUCAGGUUGGAGCAAUCCAAGUUGUGCUGGUUGAAGGAUCAAACAAGAGAGCUCCAGAUAUGGAGCUUAUUGGAAAAAGCGAUAAAGGUCAUAAAGUUGCAUUUGUUAAUCUUCCUUUGGUAGAUCGAGAUAAUCAAAGGGAUAAGAAAAGGAAUCCUGUUAUCGGUGAUUAUGUAGAAGUUCAUAUAACAAAGUCUUCAAGAGCAUCACUUUUUGGAGAGGCACUUGCUAUAACUAGAUUAAGCACGUUUUACAACGAUGUGGGUGAACCAGCAAUUGCCUGUGGUAGCACUAGUUGAAAAACUGCUCCUUUCGCAGCUUUCCACGCGUCAGGAUUUUGUUGCAUUGUGAUCUUUCAUAUUCUAUCUUUCACGAUCUUAAAAGAAAAUCUAUCAUUUAUUUUAUUU